GCGUGGUCGACGCUACAGUUCCUCCCGAAGUAGAGAUGUACCAGUGUCGUGUGGCGGCAGCAGUGUCGGCUAUAUAAACCCAUCGAGAGUCUGCUUCCAGUGUACAUUAGCUCACACCUCCACACCGCAGACAUGAACGCUCUCGUGAUCAUUGCUCUGGUGGGCGUCACGUGCGCCGCCGCCCUUCCACUGGAAGCUCCAGUCCCAGUCACGGACACUGAGGAAGUGGUGAAAGCCAGAGCUGAUUUUGAGGCAGCGUACGCAGCUGCAGCCGCCGCCGCCGCUGCUGACAAGCUCCCAGAAGUUAUAGUCCCGGAGGAUACUGCUGAAGUAACAGCAGCAAAGGCCGAGUUCAAGGCCGCAUUCGAUGCCGCAGCAGCUGCUGCUGAAGCCGCUCCGGACAACGAUCUGGACGGUAAAAUCUCCACCUACACCGGCUUCCUCUCCGGCGUUGACGGCAGACUGUCCCCCUUCUACACCAACACCUUACCCUUCGGAGCCUUCGGCGUCCACGCCCCUGUGCUAGCUGGAGCCCCGGUUAUUCCCAGUACUCGGGCGAUAGCAGGAGCCCCGCUAAUUGCCGGAACCCCAUUGAUUGCUGGAAAUGCGCUGGCUGCUGGAGCUCCUCUGGCAUACAGCGGCCUCGGCUUCCCUGGUGCCAUCGGAUUUCCAGGUCCCGUGGGUUUCCAGGGGGCGCCUUUCAUUCAGUUUUCCGACGCUCAAUAAACUGAGCCUUGGUACCUUGGACUGGAUGGUAGAACGACGGUCUCGCUUCAUGCAGGUCGACGUUCCAUCCACCGACCGUCCAAGUAGUUGGGCACCAUUUCUCCCCCACCCCCCGUCCCAUCUCAAAGCCUUAUCCUGAUUUCUUCCAAGGGGUAAAUAGUGGCAAAGCCUUGGCGCUUUCCCCUGAUAGUUCCCUUCCCUUCUUUGGUACCUGCUUUCUGUUCGUGUGAGAAUUUUGUAACCAAAAGUAAUAACUAUUAAUUUUUAAAACCCAAACAUAAAAUAAGUAAUGCAUAAUAUGUCAGAAAUUUCUUCAAUUUCCUUCAUUGUCGCAAAGAAAUUAUUUUUGUUCAACUGUUUUUGUACUAUUGUUCAACAAUUAUUUUUGAUUGUAAUAGAAUUUUGACGAAGCUACAGUCAAAUAAAAUAUUCCAGUUAA